UUGAUUGGGCAAUCCACAAGGCUGUUGUUGGCUCCCCUGCCGCUGUUUUGGUCGUUUUCCCAGCCCCUCCAGCCCAGCCUCCCAGUUUCUGGGUCAACCACCACUGCUCCGUAAUCAACAAGCAAUCGUCUUCUCUCACCCUCCUAAGUUUAGGUUCCAAUCUGGCGUCGGCUUUUGCGGUGGGUAGUCUGCAUUCACCCAUUACCUACGAAUCCUAGAGCCUUCAUGUUUCUUGUCACUGCACUGUCACCACAGCCAACCGCAUCGAUACGCACCAAACAAAUCUGACUGCGUGAAUCCAACUUACAUCCCUCCGGCUGGUUGACCAGCCGGAAAUACCCAAGAAAACGUGCGAUUACUUCACUGUUUCUCCCGACAGGCCCAACCAUACAAACGAAAAAAAAAACAACCAUUCAACACCAUGGCUCCUGCGAUUGUCAGCAACAUCCUCUCGCCCGUCCUUCGUGCGGCGCCUGAUGCCAUCUCUCUUGGACCAUUGGGCGCGCGCUCUGUCCUGCUUGCGCGCGAUCCGGCCGAGCCACAGAGGGAUCCUCAUUCGGGCGCGCUGCGUCCAGACGAAAUCAAUAACAACGCCGUUUUUGCCGUUUUCGGCCUCAUUGGCGCCGGCUUCGUCAUACUGGGCAUCUGGUUCUUUUUCUGGGCCAAGAACGGCGGCUUCUACUUCAAGAAGAACGAUUGGGAGGAUUACAAGUCGACGGUGCUGCGACGCAAGGGGCCCAACGGCACCAUCUAUUCGAACGCGACGCCAAGCACCAUCCUCGGCGGCGGCAGUGUCUACAAGGAUGUCGAUGACGGCACGACCACGACCGGCGACGACUUGACCACGGUUGUGAGCGCUACCACUGGCAUCACGGGCAUAACCGGAGGCGUGUCGGACAUAUUGGGCCGGGAGAAGCGGCGCAAGAAGCGCGAGCAGAAGGAGCGUGAGAAGGAGCGCCGCCGCGAGGAGAAGGCGCGUGAGAAGGAGAAGAAGAAAUCGCGCCGCAAGGUCGGCCAGGACGGCGUGCUGGUCGACGAGGAGGCCGAGGCCGAAGCCAAGGAGCAGUUGCGCAGCUACCGUCACGAAAAGCCUGCCCGCGUGGGCGGCAUCAACCGGGAGGCCGACGGGUCGACCUGGGACGGCUCCACAAACCCCAGCUGGUCAACAGCAAGCCCAAGCCAUGCCAACGACAAUGUCGCAGCGUCCACGGUUGAAAGCGGCAGCACCGUCACGUCGGAGCUCCUCAACAAUCGCGAGCGCACGCCCACCAGCACGCCCACCAAGCAGAAAGACGGAAAUGAGCGCUCGGGCGGCCGCAUUCGUAAAGUCUAUUCGACGGCGGACAAGAACGCGGUGCGCGAGAACGAGCGCAUCCGGGCCGAGGCGCGCCGGCUGCAGGAAAAGGGCCGCGAGGCGUCGCGGAUUCGUCGUGACUUUAGCUUCACGCGCGGCGCCGACGAGACGGUGGCGCUGCGCCGCAUCGACGAGCAGACGGAAAGCGUCGUCAGCGGCGGGUCCUAUGUCAGCGAGGUCACUGCGUCAACCAAUGACAAGUCCCAAUCGCGUGCACGCUCGCGUUCGAGGCAUGGCGGCGGUGCCACCGACUCCCGCGUUCCGGGAAGUUGGGUCGAGAGCGAGGUCGGCAGCACGGAUGUUGGUACCAAGGUGUACCAGCACCCACACCACAUCCCGACGGCGUCCUCGGUGAGCGACUUUGCCUACACCGAGGAGAAGAGGAAGAAGAGGGGUGGUGCCGGGGCAAGAAGGCACCGCGGUGGGGGUGAUGGGGACAGUAGCGUGGCUUGAUGGCAAUGAGUGAUGAGGCUACAUUUGUGAAUCGUGGCGCUGUCGAUGGGGGGAAAUUGAGCAAUGAUAGGG